AUGCACACAGAUUUAUCCCCUCACUUACAUACGGAUGAGUGUAAUGUCUUUAUAAAAUUACUACAGGAUUGUCACGUAAACCAUCCUUACAGAAAGUUUAUUGGGUACUGUAAUGACUAUGAUCGAGAUAUGAGAAAAUGUUUGAAGGCUGAACGACUUCGACGACAAAAAGCCAAUAAUGAGGAAGCUAUAAAGAAGCACGCAGCAAUUCGGGCCCUAAUAUAUGCUCAGCAGCAAGCU